AUGGCGAGUGUUGAGCCCAAUCUUCACCGAAAAAUCCUUCAAGAUGUUGAAGCAGAUGUCUCGCAGGAGAACAGCCUGAGGACGCAUGAAAGUGUUGAGGACGCCGAUGAAUUCGACAAGACGGCUAUCAGAAACCUAGUGUGGAAGCAAGACCUGCACAUCGUUCCGCUGUCGGCAUUCAUUUAUUUGCUGUGUUACUUGGAUAGGUCGAAUAUUGGAAAUGCCAGAAUUCUAAAUGCGGGUACACACAAUGACCUGCUUACAGAAACUCACAUGACUAACUACCAAUAUACGAUUGCCUUGAUGGUUUUCUUGAUCGCCUAUGCGGUGUUUGAGGUUCCUUCGAAUUACCUCCUCAAAAAGUUGAGACCUAGCCGAUGGAUUGCGUUUCUGAUGUUAUCGUGGGGCGCUAUCACGAUGGGCUUGGGCGGCGCUAAGAACACUGCCCAGGUUACCGGAAUUCGUUUCAUCCUCGGUGUCUUCGAAGCAGGGCUUUUCCCCGGUUUGGUGUACUACCUUACGUUCUGGUAUCGAGUCCACGAGAGAUCAAUCCGGGUAGCGCUUAUUCUCGCAUCUGCAACCCUCGCUGGGGCAUUUGGUGGUGCAAUAGCCUACGGAGUGGGUCAUUUGAAUCAGUCCCAUGGACUUUCCGCCUGGAGAUGGCUCUUCAUCAUUGAAGGCGCUCCUUCUUGCUUUUCCGCUAUUUUCAUCUUCUUCUUUCUUCCCGACUAUCCGGAGACCUCACACUGGCUUAGUGCCGAAGAGAAGGACCUAGCGAAAAGGCGACUACGUGUUGAAGGUUCGCAAGGGACUGCUAAGGCAAUGACAUGGGGAGAUGCCAAAACCGUGCUCACUGAGUGGCGUCUCUAUGCACACUAUGCUGUCUACUUUGGCAUUUCGACACCGUUCUCGAGUUUAUCGUUGUUCACACCGUCCAUCACCGCAGGUUUGGGUUAUGAAGGCCUCAAAGCACAGCUCAUGACUGUCCCGCCGUAUGCGGUGGCAUAUGUUGUUACAAUAGCCGUGGCGGGGUCCGCUGACUACUUUAACGCGCGUGGUAUUCACUCAGCGAUCUUUUCUUUCAUCGGAGCCAUGGGGUUUCUCGCAUCGGCUGUUCUACCGCCCGACGCUUAUCAGCAUCGUUAUGGCUGUCUCAUUGUCGCUGCGAGUGGAUCCUUUUCGUGCAUUCCCCCGUUGCUCGGUUGGUUGUCUUCCAACCUAAACACCACUGCUGCUGCCGGCCUUGCAAUCGCACUCAACAUCUCCUUUGGCGCGCCUGGCCAAAUUGCUGGGGUAUGGAUAUACAAGUCAAAUGAAGCGAAAAGGGGAUAUCCGACUGGACAUUGGACAAAUGCCGGGCUGUUGCUUUUCGUGGCUGCGGGUUGCGUUUUACUCCAGAUUUACUACGUGUAUAUGAACAGACGUCUCCGGAGCCAGCCCGGAACGAAAUUGUAUGCCUAUUGA